ACUUACUGUAGUUGAUCAGUUCACUGUUCAGGACAUAAUUGAAGAGCAAUUGAUUUUUACUGUGAAUUAAUAUCUGUGUCGCAGCUCAUACGGUGUCAGCAUCAAAUACUCGGUCAAGUGGGACCCACACCAGGACAACACCGUUCACCUGAUAAGCAACAACACACCGAAGAGAUAAUAUCACCCAACAAGUCCACAGAAAAGCAAUGUGCAGUGGAUAACAGCGGAUAAAGAGCCAAGGAAACCACAUCACAUACAAACCUGCGAUCUGCAACCUGCAUAGCAGAGCUAUCACCAUGCAAAUCCAAUUCCUCAUCCUAGGCCUAAUGCUGCCCCUAUUCACAGCAGUAGCCCGAGCAAAUGUGGAAAAAACCAUCUUCCUCGCUCCCCCAGAAACAACAAUCCCCUCAGAGCAGCCGGACCUCGACGACCUCGGUCUAGAGCGGCUAUCACCUCAAAACCCAAUAGUGCGCACCCGACUCAAUGCAUCAUUCCCAACAACCGACGCCCCAGAUGGCGUGGAUUCUUGGUUCUUCCUGGAGAACUUGAACCCAGGGCAGCGGUAUGAAGUGCGAGUUUGUUGGUUAGCAACUCAACCAACAUCCUUCACACUAAAAACCCACCCCGUCCCCCAAACAAUCUCCAACAAAUCCCUACUGAGCUCCCUAAGCAUCUACACAAACGCAAGACUAGCAACCCUAGACACUGCACUACAAUCAAACAGCAUUCCAAAACAUGCAAUCAGCCGUCCACGCGGAAGCAACAAGGGCGGAAACGAUCCGCUAGAUCCGGCGCCGACAACAGACUCAGUGCUGUUCUUGCGGAUCCACGCCGCGGCUGAUUACUUCAGUACUGACGCUGCGCUGAUGCGGGACGUGCCGGCUGUGGCGGUGGAUGUGAUUUUGGAUCCGUUUUUGAUGAAUGUCUUCCCGCGGUCGCUUGUACCGACUGCGCUGUGGAUUGUUGCUGUUGCUUUGCUUGCUGUUGUUGUUUCGAGGUGGGUUCGUGGGGAGGUUGGGAGAGUUAUUGAGGAUGCGCGUGGGCAGAGUGCUCUUGAGGAUAUGAAGAGGAAAUAAGUUGGGGAUGGAUAGGGUGAAGGUUGUACUACUAUUUUAUUUCUUUUGGUCUAUUUGGUG